UUUGUAAACCAACAAAAAAAGAAAGAGAAAAGAGUGUUCUUCGCCAACUUUUUUCGUGUCGUUCGUGUGUUGUGCUUGUGAAUUUUUUCUUCGCCAAACUCUAUUUUCUACGCCACCGUUCCGGUUGGUUGUCCGUGGCCGGCCACUUCCGGGGAUCGCCAAACAGCCAGGAUGUGGGACUCGUCGGUUUUUCUCAGCACUUUGACUCCGAAAUUUUACGUCGCCCUAACCGGAACGUCCAGCUUGAUUUCCGGGUUGAUUCUUAUCUUUGAGUGGUGGUACUUCCGCAAGUAUGGAACGUCUUUUAUCGAGCAAGUCUCCAUCAACCACAUUAGUCCGUGGAUCGGCGGUGGGGAGGCUGGGACCGGAGCGGAGAGCGCCACGGCCACGCCGACCACUCAGAGCAUGCCGGAGUGUAAGGUUUGGCGAAAUCCUUUGAAUCUACUUCGUGGUGCCGAGUACCAGCGUUUUUACUGGGCAACGCAGAAAGAACCGCUCACGUUUUACGAUAUGAAUCUUUCGGCACAGGAUCAUCAGACGUUCUUUACGUGCGAGGGUGACGCCGGCAAGGCCGAGUACGAGAUUAUGCAGACGGCGUGGCGCGAGCGGAAUCCGGUUGUUCGCAUCAAGGCGGCCAACAACGCGUUGGAGAUCAACAAGGACUGCGCGCCGGCCUAUAUCUUGCUGGCCGAGGAGGAAUCCACCACCAUUUUGGAGGCGGAGCGAAUUCUGCGGACCGCGCUGAAGGUCGCGGAGGGAAAUUACAAAAAGUCCCAGGCGGUUCAGCACCAGGGCGCCGUCAUGGAGGGUGUGUUCAGGCGGGACACCAAUGUGUUGAUUUACAUUAAACGCCGGUUGGCCAUGUGCGCCCGCAAGUUGGGCAAGCUCAAGGAAGCGGUCAAGAUGUUUCGUGAUUUAACGAAGGAGAUUCCACCGAUUAUGAACGUGUUGAACAUUCACGAGAAUCUGCUCGAGGCGCUGCUGGAGAUGCAAGCGUACGCCGACUGCCAAGCUGUGCUGGCCAAGUACGACGACAUUUCACUGCCCAAAUCGGCCACCAUCUGUUACACCGCGGCCCUACUAAAAGCUCGUGUCGUGGCGGAGAAAUUCUCCCCGGACGUGGCCUCCAAGCGAGGUCUCACGCCGGCCGAAAUGAGUGCCGUCGAGGCGAUUCACCGGGCGGUCGAAUUUAACCCUCACGUGCCCAAAUAUCUGCUCGAGAUGAAGCAACUCAUCCUUCCCCCGGAGCACAUCCUCAAACGCGGAGACUCGGAAGCGCUGGCCUACGCCUUCUUCCACCUCCAGCACUGGAAGAACGUCGAGGGUGCGCUCAACCUUCUGCACUGUACCUGGGAGGGCACCUUCCGGAUGCUGCCCUACCCCCUCGAGCGUGGCCAUCUCUUCUACCCGUACCCAACUUGCACCGAGUGCGCCGACCGGGAACUGCUCCCCUCCUUCCACGAGGUGUCCGUCUACCCGAAAAAAGAACUGCCCUUUUUCAUCCUCUUCACGGCCGGACUCUGCUCCAUAACCGCCCUGCUGGCCCUCCUCACCCACCAAUAUCCGGAAUCGAUGGGCAUCUUCGCCAGCCACCUGCUCCAGUGGUUCACGCUGCCCUUUAACUUUGUCAAGGAACGCAUCGAAACCAUCUGGCCGUGCAAUCUGCUGCAGCAUCUCUCUCGUAUUUAAAACGCGCGCGCUCUCUCUCACUUAAUCACUAAAUAACAACAAGAAAAAGCAGUUAAAUUAUGCCAUUUUUUAAAACAACCGCGUAAGCAGCAACCUUUUUCAAAAACAUGCGACAAACUCUGUAAUUUUAAAACCCAUUUUUGGCUUGGUGCGUGUUCGCAUCUCUGCGAGAAUUUACGGCUAGAGAUGGAACUGCGGCAUGAGACAGUACUACAAAAAUAACUAAAAAUUAUAAAAUACA